CGUACUACAGAGCCACACCGAGGUCUCUACGCGCAUCGCACACCGUGUGUUUGGGGGGGAAACCAGGCGGACAGAGAGCGAAGUCUCUUUCCGUUUUUUCUGCCCGGGGGGAAGAAAUCACAAACAACACAGGGGUGGAGGAAGACGUUAAGGUUUGAUUCGGCGUCGACUGCAAAGACAGCACGAGCUCUGGUUAAUUCCUUUAGGUGGCAUUAGGCUCCCGCACAGCCCUGUUAGAGGAGCCGGGAUCUCACAGUUGGAACACCGCUCACCUCUCCCGCUUGUCAAACCCAAAUCGCGAGGCAAGUCUGCGCGCGUAACCUGGACGGACAAGAGCGUUUGUGUAGUGUUUAUACUGUUUUCCAGCCGGAUUAUCACUUCCAACAAAUCAACACACAAUUGGCCAAGCGACGGCGAAGUCAAACCAAAGGGAUUACAAUUGUUUGUAAACCUGCAUGAGCGUCAUCUUCCCCUGAGUACAGAGCGAAGUGCUCAGAAAUCUGCUCUUACCUGGACUUGGGACCUCGGUGUAAAAGAGCUUCUCGGCGAACUGCACUUGACUGGAGCGGCUGAAGAUUUAAAAUCGCGCUUGAGCAGCUGAGGAGUAGGAGAAAAAAAAAAGAAGACGACAAAAUCCUGCGAAAAUGCCCCUCGCACAGAUCGCGGAGCCAUGGCCCACAAUGGAACUAGUGCAGCUCGAAACAGAGAAUGGGCAGAGCACCACUGAGGAUGGAGUCACUCCUGCUGUCAAGGAAGAUGGAGACAUCAAAGAGAUCAACAUUACCCAUGUGGUCAAAGAGGGCUCAGAAAAGGCUGAUGCCUCUCAGUUUGAACUGCUCAAAGUUUUGGGACAGGGAUCCUUUGGCAAGGUGUUCCUGGUGCGAAAGGUGACCCCUCCAGAUGCCAACCAACUCUACGCCAUGAAGGUCCUCAAGAAGGCCACACUCAAAGUGAGAGACAGGGUGAGGACCAAGAUGGAGAGAGACAUUCUGGCAGACGUCAACCACCCAUUUGUUGUCAAACUGCACUAUGCAUUCCAAACUGAAGGAAAGUUGUACUUGAUCCUGGACUUCCUCAGAGGAGGAGAUCUCUUCACUAGACUCUCUAAAGAGGUUAUGUUCACAGAAGAGGAUGUGAAGUUUUAUCUAGCAGAGCUGGCAUUAGGACUGGACCACCUUCAUAGCCUGGGCAUCAUUUACAGAGACCUUAAACCUGAAAACAUUCUGCUGGAUGAAGAGGGCCACAUCAAACUCACAGAUUUUGGUUUGUGUAAAGAAGCCAUUGAUCAUGAGAAGAAAGCUUAUUCCUUCUGUGGUACUGUGGAGUACAUGGCACCUGAGGUUGUGAACAGGCAGGGACACACCCACAGUGCUGACUGGUGGUCAUUUGGAGUACUAAUGUUUGAGAUGUUGACAGGAGCACUGCCAUUUCAAGGGAAGGACCGCAAAGAAACUAUGAACCUAAUUCUGAAGGCACGUCUGGGAAUGCCUCAGUUCCUGAGUGCAGAGGCCCAGUCUCUGCUUAGGGCUUUGUUCAAGAGGAACCCUGCCAACAGACUGGGAUCUGGUGCUGACGGCGCAGAGGAGAUCAAACGACACGGUUUCUUCUCCACCAUAGACUGGAAUAAACUCUUCAGGAAAGAAGUAAAGCCUCCAUUCAGACCGGCGGUGGCGCGUCCCGACGAUACUUUCUACUUUGACUCUGAGUUCACCUCCCGCACCCCUAAAGACUCCCCCGGCGUGCCCCCGAGUGCAGGAGCUCACCAGCUCUUCAGAGGCUUCAGCUUCAUUGCGUCGACUCUGUUGGAAGAGGAAGGCUCAGCGGAGCCGGUGCAGCCUCCUCCACAUCCAGUGGUCCAGCAGUUGCAUGGGAAGAACCUGCUGUUCAGUGACGGCUACGUACUGAAGGAAGAUAUCGGCAUGGGCUCCUUCUCCGUCUGUAAACGAUGCAUCCACAAAACCACAAACACAGAAUAUGCUGUCAAGAUGAUUGACAAGACCAGCACAGAUCCCUCUGAGGAAAUUGAGAUUCUACUUAGAUAUGGACAGCACCCCAACAUCAUAACCCUGAAGGAUGUGUACGAUAAUGGUAAGCAGGUGUUCCUGGUGACAGAACUGAUGCGCGGAGGCGAGCUGCUGGAUCGGAUCCUAAAACAGAAGUUCUUUUCAGAGAGAGAGGCCAGCGCUGUGCUUCACACCAUCACCAAGACUGUAGAGUACCUGCACUCACAGGGGGUGGUGCACAGAGACCUAAAGCCCAGCAACAUCCUCUACGUUGAUGAGUCGGGCAAUCCAGAGUCGAUCAGGAUCUGUGACUUUGGCUUUGCUAAGCAGUUGCGUGCCAACAAUGGCCUGCUGAUGACCCCAUGCUAUACUGCUAAUUUUGUGGCACCUGAGGUGUUGAAGCGUCAGGGCUAUGAUGAGGGAUGUGACAUCUGGAGUCUGGGAGUCUUGCUGUACACCAUGCUGGCUGGUUUUACUCCAUUUGCUAAUGGACCCGAGGACACCCCCAACGAGAUCCUGAACAGGAUAGGCAACGGUCACUUCAGCCUGACUGGAGGCAACUGGGACACUGUGUCUGAUGCUGCCAAGGACCUUGUGUCCAAGAUGCUUCAUGUGGAUCCUCAUCAGAGACUGACUGCUAAACAGGUCCUCAGGCACCCCUGGAUUGUCCAGAGAGACAAACUACCCAACAGUCAGCUCCCACACCAUGACCCCAAACUGGUCAAGGGUGCAAUGGCAGCCACCUACUCUGCCCUGAAGAACUCCCAACCAACUCCAGAGCUCAAACCCAUUGAGAGCUCCUUCCUAGCCCAAAGGCGUGUCAAGAAGCUUCCCUCUACCUCCCUGUAGAGACUCAAAACAACCAGUCAUCUCACUGGAGACUGACCAAAACCGCACCUCUUGGCUCCGAAAAAAAAAAAAAAACACCCAGUCAGCUUGCUCGGGGACUCACCGUCCACUCGUUACUACCAGCCAAGGAACACCGACUGUGGUCCUGCCCUCAUUCUGUUGUUCCGCUCUUGCUGUUAUCCUCCUUUCUUCGGGCUUGUCAGCUAGCCUCCUUAGUCUCCUUGGGCUAGGAAAAGAUUGUGAAGAUGGAUUGUGGGAAGGGCGAUGAGGGCAAAAAAAAAAUGAAAGAGAAAAUAUAGGUGCGGGUUUUUGGCAGAUGUAUUAGUAGGCUGUACAUGUGAGUGUGAGCGUGAGUGUGUUUGUGCAUGACCUGCCACAGAGUCGGCACAGCCACGUUUUCGAUUGUGACAAUGAAAGUUUUUUCCUCUCUUUCCUCAUCGUUGCUGUAAUUGGUUGCCAUUCAGCUUGCUUGCACGCCUGUCUGUCUGCCUGCCUGUUUUGUUGUCCAUCUUCCUAUUCUUUUUGUAAAGUCAAUGAGCUUUAUUAUCACCGGUUGUGCUGCCAAAUCAACUUGUGCCGACAGCACAAAACCAUAGUACUGUCUGACUGCUGUUAAAUGUUUUUUUGAAAGAGCAUUAUUAAUAUGAAUAUUAAACAUUUCUGCCACAAAUGCCUCUUUGGCUUUGGUACAGCCAGAAUACGGGAAUUCUGGGAAAUGUCAAAUGCUGAUGUUUUGGUUAAUGUCAAUCUAUGCUUGUAUUUUGUUUUACAGAAAGUGUGUGUGUGUGUGUGUGUGUGUGUGUGUGUGCGUGCACCAGUUGCAUGACUUGAAGUGUGGGUGUACGUGUGUGUGUGUGUGUGUGUGUGUGUGUGUGUGUGUGUGUGUGUGUGUGUGUGUGUACUGUCUUGCAGGAUGCUACGGGGUCAUAUGCAUGGUCCGGUGACGUGAUAAUGUCAUGUGGCUUCCUUGUUUCUCUCCUCUCCCUUUUCUCUGCUUGGUCCACCUGCUGGCAACCAUUUGAGUCUGUUAUUUUUAUUACUAUAAAAACUAGUAAAAAAAAAAAAAAGGUGGCUUUCUGUGAAAGAAAACUUGCCCAAGGAACAAUGUGGCAUGUUAAAAUUCUAUAUUUGCUUUGUUUUCUAGUUUUCUCCAGUUCCUUUUUUUCCACUGUGUUUCUUGGAUAAUGCAUAUUGGAUGCUGUUUCCUGUGUUGGCUGCUUUUGUUGUUGAUCGUUUUGGUUUUUUUUUCCUUUUUGUCCAAAGAAAGUGGUGAUUUAAAAAAGUGAAAGACAUGCUGAGCACAUCACAGUCUGUGGACUUAAUGCCAUACAGGUCUCUUCUUCUGUUUUUUCAAAAUUUAGGGAGGACGGGCUGACUGUUGUCUUUCUGGAAUUGAACACUCAGUGGCAGCCUCUCUCUCUCUCCCCCCUGAAUUCUCUUUCAAGUCACUGGUUGUUAAUAUCACACAGACCUACUCUCACUGUGUAGUAUAUUCAGCAGUCUUACGUUUUACUUUUUCCAUUCACAAUCUUUGAAUUUCCAUUGAUUCUGUUAAUUAGCGGACUUGUUUUCAUUCCUAUUAAUGCUCAAUUGGAGACAUCCUAAAGAAGAAUUAAUGUGUUUAGAUGUAAGUAGCUUCAUAGGGUAGGUCCUGUUUUCAGCUCGGUGCCUAGGCCUACAGGUGAGGCAGAAUGUCUUACGCGGUAAACACAUGAAAACAAACCAAGCAGCCUGAAGAUACUGUACAUCUGUUGAAGGGAAGACCUGUGCGGCUAAAUAAUUUAUGAACCAGCUGUCUUACCUCAAAAGGGAUCAAAGUUAUAUUGUAAUCCUUGUUUGGUGGCAAAACUCUCCCUCUUUGACUAGAUUUAUGGUAAGAUGUUAUUGUAUGAUAAAGAUGAAGAUUUUUAUAUCUUACAAAUAUUAAAAAUUCAGUUGCUACGACAAA